AGUGCUAAAGUAGGAGUCAUAUGAUUCAUACAGUCAUACAAUACACUGCUUAUCACUGGUUGUGGCGAAAGCUUAUCAGUCGUAAGAGCUUUUGAAUCAACUUUUGAAUAAAGUUUUGUACGUUUGUGUCGUUUGAAUGUGUGUCCAGUUGUCAACACUUUAUAAUUGUGUCGAUAUUUAUAUUGUGUUCAUAAAUACAAACAGUUUAUAAUCGUUGAGUGAAAGUGCUUUCAUUUAAAGCUUAAGAAUCGACUGAUUAUUAACUCGUGAGGAAUGACUACUCAGACAACGCCGGAUACGCCGACAACGGCUGUAUUGGAUCCACACAAACGACUACUAAUCCGAAACCAAUUGCUUCUGAUCCUACACUCGAAGACAUGUCACUCGCAGUUGUGUCCCAAAGCGAACUGUUCCACUGUGAAGACUGUUCUCCAGCACAUGAAGUCAUGUACUGCCGCCAAUUCAUGUCCAGUUGCCCACUGUCUCAGCACCCGUCAGAUCAGUUCCCAUUGGCAUAACUGUGUCCGCACUGACACUACUUGUGAGGUCUGUUCCCCAUUGAAAGAGCGUUACAUCGAG